AUGUCACGAAGAACGUUUGAACGUGUCGUGUUCGUGACUUUAGGUGCCUUAGCACAAAAAAUUCGCGCUGCUAAAGAAUCUAUUUUGCCGUUUGGUUUUCCUGAACUGCAUAUAUCAGCUCGUAUAACCGCCAAUUUCGCAACCCAAAUUGGGUGGGUAGCCGAGCACAUAACAAAUGAGACGCUUAAACGGGGUGACGGUGUCGAACGCUCAAAGUCACAUUUCAAGGAAGAUACCAAUAUCCCAGAGAAAUUUCGAGCCAUGCUAAAAGAUUAUUUUAAAUCUGGGUAUGAUCGUGGUCAUUUGGUCCCGGCUGGUGAUGUCAAAUUUUCGCAAGAAGCAAUGGACGAGACUUUUUUUUUGACGAAUAUCUCACCUCAGGUUGGUGAUGGAUUCAAUCGAGAUUAUUGGUCUCUUUUAGAAGAAUUUUGUCGUCGCCUAGUCUCUAAACAAGGAUUCAAAGACGUAUAUGUCUUCUCCGGUCCACUAUACCUUCCGAAACAAGAAGACGACGGAAAAUGGUACGUCAAAUACGAAGUAAUCGGCCAAGGACACAAUGUCGCCGUCCCGAACCACUUUUUCAAAGUGAUUCUCGCGACCAGGGACAACCAAAAAUACGCACUAGGCGCAUUUAUACUCCCGAAUAGCCCGAUACCAAAUAGUGUCCCAUUACAACGACACGAAGUUCCGUUAGACGUCAUUGAACGAGCAGCCGGUCUCACGUUUUUCGAGUUGCUUGACAAAGAGACGAUGGUGCCGCUUUGCAUUGCUACUAGUUGUGUGCUUGUGGCGAAUCCUAAAUAUUUGCAGGAAAGGCAAUCGGUCCCAGAAAAUAGUUAG